UCACAGCUGACCAUGCAGCUCAAAACAAGAAUGGCGGAAUACAUGUAGCAACGAUACACAGCAAGUUGCUGUUUUGGGACAUUUAGUUAUUUCUUUGUGCAUUAAGCCUAGCAAUGUUGGGAACUUUGGACAAGGAUAUUAAUCCAAGAUUAUCGGAAGAAGGAAUCAAGAAAAUAGUCGUUAUUUAGCGUGCUUCUUGCGAGGAAGAAACUGCGUGCUAGCUAGCCUAGCCAGCUAGUUAGCAAAGGUUUUGAAAAUAAACAUCCGCUGAUGAUGGUGGUAGAACUUGAGGAUUAUGUUCGCUCUUUAGCUAAAUAGUAAACCUGGCCAUAACAGUCCGGGGCAGGGUGUAUCGUAAACUGGACCAUUACUCUAUUUGUUUAUCAAAACAACCACAGAGCAACUGUGUAACCAACUUGCAACAACUAUACGGCGAUGGGUCUGGUGAACUUAGUAUUCAGCACUGUAUCAAAAUGUAUUGAAGUCAUAGGCUUUCUUCUGGACCUCAACUUCGUCAUAGUUCAUUCCUUGAUCCGGCUUGUUGUGGCAUGUAUUGCCUUCGUGAACAACCUUCCGAUGUUGCUGGCCAAUUUAGUGGUGCAAUGCUGCCAGUUUGUCCUCUCCUGUUUGGUGUAUCUGGCGGAGAGUGCGGCGGUCCUGGCCCAAGGAACGGUCAGCAUGUUGGGGAGUGUGCUGGAGAGUCUGAAGAUGAUGGGUCAUCUAUCGUCUCACGUCUGCCUGCGUGGGAGAGCGCUGCUGCAGCGCGGAGCAUUGUCCGUGUGUGACGGUUGCGGCAUCGCAGUAAAUCUAGCGGUGUACCUGGUCAACAGCGUGGUCAACAUGUUUCUCAUUGGCAGUCAGAACGUGUACUACGGGGCGGUCAGCGUGUGGCAGGCCGUGUCCAGCCCCCUGCAGAAAGUUCUGGAACUGGGUAUGACUCUCCUAGCCUUCCUGUACAGCAGCCUGUCUGGCACGACCAUGUUGCUGUGGACUCCCUGCAGCCUGGCACUGGAGUACCUGUUCUUGCUGGCUCACUUCCUCAUCAGCACCUUCAUCCUCAAUGUCUACGGCCUCCUACUCACAGCCUCCAUCACCCUGGCCACCACCCUCUACCUCCACCCAGAGAUUACCCGCCGCGGAGCCCAAACAGCAGCCAUCUACCUCAACUCUAUCCCCAUGCUUAGAGGCCUACCUGGGUCCCUACGGCGUCUACAGAGGGCAGUGGCUCAGCUUCCUGGAGCCCUGCGCCUUCUACAGAGGGUGCUCCUGGAUAUGUACUGGCAGGAGAGAGACCGAUGGGAGAGGCUGUCCAGGCAAGGCAGUAGGCUGGGGCAGAGUUUGGGGUCAAGGCUGAGGCAGGGGUUGGGCCACAGGGACCGCAGGAUAGGGGGGGACGGGGACCAAGGACAGGGGGGCGCUGAGGACGCAGAGCAGCGGGCCCCCCCAGACGGCAGGGCUGCAGGGGGGCCGCCUCGGGAGCACCCCGGUCCCCGUCACCAACAGGACAACCCCAGCUCCAGCAGGGAGAGACCCCUGUGGAAGCUCUCAGGGCCUGGGUUGACUGCUAUGGCAGGCUCGGCGGAUGGCCUGCUGAGCUUGCUGAAGGAGCAGGAGGAGAGGAAGAAGUGCGUGAUCUGCCAGGACUGCAGCAAGACGGUGGUGCUGCUGCCCUGUCGGCACCUGUGUCUGUGUAAAGACUGCACCAGCAUCCUGCUCAGACAGCCCAUCUACCUGCAGAACUGUCCUCUCUGCAGGCACAUGAUCCUCAACACCAUGGAUGUCUAUAUGUGAAGAGGAGAGACCAACAUUAUAGAUCUGUGAGGAGGAGAGACCAACAACAUAGACGUCUGUGAGAACAUGAAGGUCUUGUAAGAUUACAGACUAGCACCAUGUAGAUAUAUCUGUGAGAACUAGAUCAAGGAGGUCUGUGAAAGACUGCAGACCAAAGUCAUGGAGAUCCAUAUACUCCAUAGCAGACUGGAGACCAACACCUUCUGUGAGGACGGACAGGUCUACGUGAGAGAGACCAAUGAACAACAUGUGUAACUAACUGUGAAAGUCAUUUUAGACACAUUUUAAACAGUGCAUUAAAGGGACCAGAACGAUACUAAUUUAUAAUCUUUUCCGUGAGCGACUGGACCAACCCUAUUGAUGACCAAUGGUCUGUAAAAGACUAUCGCUGUGUAUCCAGGAGAGACUAAUGAGACUAAAACAGACUAAAUAUAAUCUAGAACACAGCCAGGUAGAAUCUAGACCACAGCCAGAUUAUACAUAAUCUAGAUUUAGUCUGUCUAUGCUAUCUGCAUGAUCCUGUCAGCUGUACAGCUCUAGUCCACUAUGCUGAUAUGGUAACCAGUACCUGAACAAUCAUAUCACACACACCCAUGACACAGUGCUGGAGAACAGUAAUACAGCUAAUCACUAAUCAUAAACAUUCAUCCAGAAGUGUACCUGUGUGGACUGCACACCACAGAUCAGGUCAAUUAUGUUCGGAGGAAAUCCAUCAGGGAUGCGAGUGUUGAACAACCUGCUGUAUGUUUAGAGAUAAAGGGCUGCUGACUGUUUCUGUGAGCUGAAUGGGUUUUGAAUCCUACCAAGGGGACGUCAAACUUAGUCUGAAGGCUAAUGUAUGCUGGGCAAUACUUUGAGAAAUAUUGGCAAUGACUGUGUUGUAAACUGUAAGAUAUUUCUUGCUGCACAGAAUGUUGCUGUAAACAGGCAUUCCCACCAAUACAGGAAUACAGGACCACUUUUAAAGCCAAAUGGGGUAUGACAUUUUGGGAACAAAGUCGUUUUGUUAAUACAUAUAAUAAAAAUAGGCAACCCAUCGUUAUUAAUUUUAAGUAUGUAUAUAGCCUUGUUUUUGUUUUCCCCAUCAGUUUCUGUGGUAUUGACAAUUCUAUCCCAUAAUAAAAGAUGACAGCCUCAUGAGCCCAGGAUUGGCACCAAACCAAGUUCUCACUGCGUAAUUGUUAGGAAACGUGUUUGUUUUUCCUCCCAACUCCUCAUUGAUUUGUUUGUUCUAAAGGUCCGCAUGAGCACAUUACAGCAUUGCCCUUUCCCUUUGUUGACUGGCUAUAGUGCUAUUGAUCUGCACUGGGUUCCAGUUCAACAGGAUAUCGGUGGGCUGAUUAUUACAUUAUUCUGUAGGGGAGACGAGACGAGACGAGGGGGGGUGUUAAAAGCUGAAGCACCACCGAAAGGCCUUUUUUUGUCCCAAACAGAAAUAAACAUGUUUGCACCAGGGCGUCUCUGCCUUCUAAACGAUUAUCGGGGGGGUUUAAUUUGACCUUGUAAAUCAUCUGAUUGGUUGGCUUGCCACGCCCACACUGAGAGAAUACCCAGGCUGUAGGAUGACAUAGCAUCAUAAGCCCUGUUGACAUCAUCAGUCCCCCCAGCACUCCAUUAGUGGUGACCACCAGGAUCCAGUUAGGCUGUGCUCAGUCCAGUCUGACUCUGUCUCCAACCACAGGGUGUAGUACCUGCUACUGGGAAGGGGGGGUAGGGAUGAACCCACACACCCGUUGUCAUCUUGUUCAUAAAAGUGCCAAAGCAUUCUCUUGAUAUGGAGACAGUCAUGAUGUGUAACUGCAGAACAGAUAUGAAUGUGUCCCGUUAUGGAGAGGAAAGGGUGGUGGGUGUUGCAGUAAGAAGCCAUGAAUGUAUUGUGUCUUUCCAAACCACUCUUCUUCAAACAGUAUUUGUCAAGUCUGACUUUGUGAAUGAGAAAAUGUUAUGUUAAUGGGAGUGGCUUUGCUCGCCUGUCAAAGUUUACAUAAAAAAUA